AUGAAGAAUGACAAAGGAAAAGAGAAGGGGAAAGACAAGGAGCAUAGUAGCAAAUCAAAAGAAACACAAUCAGAAGUGGAUCUAAAUCAGAAUGGGGUGUACAAGAAUGGCAAACUCGUAUAUGAGAACUGGAAUGUUGUGCAAAACAAAAAGCAUAAAGGAAAUACUAAGGAUGCUACACAUCAGAGAGGAAAUGACAUGGCUAAAGAUACAGCAAGCACUAACAAAUUUGAGACACUGGUGGAUUUGAAUGAGGAGAUGCAAGAGGAGAAUACCAAGCAAAGUGAUAAACAACAAAAUGCACACAAAGGGGAGGAGACAUCCAAGCCUUGGGUUGAAAAGUCCUUUGGCAAGGUAACGGAUUCAAGCAAGGGCAAAGAGGUGGGCAAGGAGGAGGAUACUGUACAGAUAAUUAUGGAGCAUAACAAAGGAAACAACAUCAAGGAGAACAAAAAUAAUGCUGAAAAAGCUGAACAGCAGGAUAAAGGAAAGGAACAACAGCAAGUCAAUGAACAAAGAAAAAUUCAGAACAAUGAGAUACAAACUACUGCAGAUCAGGAAAGUAGAAACCAGCAGGUUGAAAGAGAUAUUGUGCAGCUUCAUGAGAAGUCAACUCAAGUGACCAGUGAACAGGAGCAUCCUAAAAAACCACCAGAUGAUAAUCAAUCUAUGGCAUGGGAGCAGCAACUGGAUCAUGUUGGAGUACCUGCAGAAUCAGCAACAACUGGUACAUCAGCAAUAGCAGACACACAAGAGGGGUACAUUGACACUGCUAUAAGUAAGGAGAAUAGUAACCAAAUAUACAAUAAUGAAGGGCAAACAAAAAGGGUAGCAGGGGAUCUAAGUGAAGCUAAACAGAAUACAGAACAUGAAGGAGACAACAUGGAAGAGAGAAAUUCACAACAGGUAGAUGAUAACAACAAAAACAAACACAAAGAAGAAGGUAACAGUCAACAGAUCCAAAAUGAAGUAGAAGUGGAACAAGAGGUUGACAUUGGAGACGAUGAUGAUGAAGAGAACAAACUGCUUGAGGACAAACCAGUUAGCUCUCCUAGAAAAGCAAGAAAGGAGAAUAAGCAAAGCAGACAAAGAGAUAAAAGUGUACCCCCUAAAACAGUAGGAGGUAUACAAACAAGGAAAGCAAUUGUCAAAUCUACUUCUCAAUGA